AUGGAAGAGAGUGAACCUCAGAAAGAGCCCGUAAAUUACAUCGAUGUCAAGCUGCACGGUGUACACAACUUGCCCCCGGGAUGGUUUUCCGAUGGGAAGCCACCCGCCUUUGUGGAGCAUCCGUUCAGGUACGAGGUCAGUUUUAGCAUGGACGGAGAGAACACGUACACUUUUAAGCAUGGCCGUCUUCUGCAGGAGUUGAGCCAGUAUGAGUCUUACAUUUUGGGAGCCACGCCCCCGCCACUCCCCUCGGAAGUAAAUGAGAUGCUGCGACACAUUCGUGAGUUUCCCGAUACUUCGAAUUUGCUCGGCGCCGCCGCAAAUAAAAGGACGGCCUCCAACUUCAGAAAGGCUGAGGGCGAUGGGACUCCAUUAGCCACGAAGAUUCUGUGGAUAACAACACCUGCCGCCGACACGGUGUCCACGAAUUCUGAAGAACAGGGAGUAAAACGGCGACGGAGGACAUCACCGAUGGUAGAAGAUGCGCCAGCGCCUGCCGUGCCCACUGACGACGACCCACCGCCAUGUGUCAUUCGUGUACCGCUUACGGAGCGGGACGUCGCUGCGUUAGAUGCCAUGGUGGUGGCAGGCAAGCCAUUGGAGUUGCAGUUUACGCGAGUGUUGAGGGGAGGGGUGCCGAAUGAUUGGGAAGAUACACACCAGUGGUACUUCCGUGCCUCUAUUCCUGUGGAUCUCGCACCCUUUGCGGAGCCCGGCUCGCUGGAGCUAACGGAAGAAAUUCCGCUGCUGCCUUUAAAUUCCUCUGCGCGUGUGGAAGAGAAGGGACGGAAAAGAACUUCGAGGCGACCAAAGUCAGGGGUACCUGUAAUUUUGUUUGAGGAAAUUGACUUUGAGGCGCAGCACCCGUACGUGACGCAUAACACCUCGGCAGUGGUCUCGCUGCAUCUUGAAAAGACACUCACACGACUGGCGAGUGAUCGCGUGCGACCUCUUCUGAAGCCGGGCAACCUUGUCCCUCAACGAGCUCCCCCAAGCAAGGAAUACCAAGACGGUACGCGGCAGUUUACAGACGUGGUGGAGGCAAUUGCAAAACAGAUCAUGCAAGAUUACAGGGCUGCGAAGGCGCAGGGAGGUGAAAGAAUUGACGAGCGACUUUUUUGGACUUUUCAAACAACAGGACAAUUGGCAGCAUACAAGGAACAACUGAUGCCAUUGGUAAUCAAGGUGGUGCGAGAGAAGUUUUUUCGCAGCCAAGACGCAUCGCAAGAAGCCAUGAGUGAACUUAUAAAUGAAUUAUACGUGUAUCUUCUUGAUUGCGUGCACACCACGUUGCAAAACUUGACAGGGAAUGUAGGAAGAGGCAUGAGAAAAGAUGGCAACAGAGCAUCCGUAGGACUGCAGUAUUCCCAAGAUGGAGAUUCCUCUGGGGUGACGGGGCGUAUUUGGCUGGAACGGGCGGAGGAGGCUGAGACAUUGCGUGAACAUGAGCAAGCGGCAAAAUGUCAUCAGGCCAGAAUUGCCAGUUGUAGUUCUUCAGCCAACUUUCCCGCUGUGUGGAAUGAUGCGGCUAAUUUUUUUGUUCGUGUUAGUGAUGCCACACGUGCAGAACAAUGCUACCGCGAGGCGAUUGCCCAUGACCCAAUGUACGUGGACUCUCUCCUUGGUUAUGGGGACCUGCUUCUUGCGCAUAAUCGCUUUGAUGAGGCCGCCGUCUACUUGCACGCCGCGGCGGAUGCCAAGCCUAAUGCACUUUGCUGGGGCCAUCUCUCACUACUAUGUGAUUUGAAUAUGUUGGCACUAGAGCAAGGGCCUCAGUAUGAGACAAAGCGAGCAUACUGGGAGCGUGAGGGGGCGUUGGCGAUGAAGGAGGCCAUGGGGGCCACGGAAGAGGUUGACUACAAUGAAGUAAGUCUCUUGGUCGCCGACUACCUUCUCCAGUUACAUCACCCGGACUUGGCAAACGUCUGUCUUUCUCGGUGUCGCUCUGGGCCCAAGACAGAGGUGCUGUACGCUCGUCUGUUCAUGCUAUGCGAGCAAUACGAGGACGCUCUUACGUCAUUGAAGAAUGCAGAAGAUUUGGAAUUGUGUGCGGAUGAAGUGGGCAUUCUUCGUGGGGAAUGUCAUGCGUCGCUGGGCCACAAUGAAGAGGCAGUGCGUGAGUACAGACAAGUGCUGUGCCACGAAGAUGUGAAACCAAACCGACGGUUUGGUCCCAGUUACAUUCACUUGGGCAAUCUUCUCAUUACAGCCGGACGAUACAGCGAUGCACUUGGAGUGUUUACACUUGGCAUUCAGGCAUGGCCUUGCAGCUUAAUGUGGCUUGGCGCUGGUAUUGCGUACUACCGCAUGCGACAGCUAGACGCUGCCGAGGAGUGUCUCAGUGAGUCCAACGCGCUCAAUAACAUCAACCCAAGGACGUGGGCGUAUCUUGCAUUGGUCUGUCUGCAUAAAGGGCGCGUGGAACUGGAGAUUGUAAUGCAACAAGCGAUUAUUCAGGGGCUCUCGGAUGUUGCGCUGCUUACAGAGCUUGGUCGAGAUCUUGUUCGGGCGUCGUACUUGAGGCUCGGUGAAGGGUGUUUGCGGAAGGUGAUUGCCAUGGAGAGAGAUGCCGGUCGUGCAACAUCCGCGACAAGCUGCACCGCCAUGUAUUACUUGGCCAGCGCCAUCGAGGGCACCCAGCAGCACGAGGCAAAGGAGAUGUACGCAGAGGUGGUGAGGCACAGCCAGAAUGAAUUCAUGCGGAAGAGGGCGGAGGAGCAGAUAUUACUCCUUUCAAAGUAA